AGUAUGCGAUGUGUUUGAGACCAUCGCGCUAUGUGAUGCGUGUUAUAGACAUCUUCAAAUGCUUCAUUGCGCCCGGCGUGUUUAAAAGCCGAACUAAAUAAAGCGACAAAAUAUUAAAAACCGUACGACGGUAGCCAAAUGGUGAUUAAAUGUGUAGUCGCGCCCAGGGUGUUACUUCUUUUCUGAAUUCUUUUCCGACGUUCAAUGUCGGUUUGAAGUGUAGGCCUAAGCAUUACAAUGUAAGACACGUCUUUUCGGCAAUGCACUAAAAAAAGACAAUCUGACUUCAUUUUACCAUUCAAGCCGUUUAUGCUGACUCCGAUUGGCUCAGUUUGGUUAUUUCUGUAAUGGUUUCCUUCCGUCCUAUUACUUAGUGUAUUGUCUAUUUACUUUUAAAUCAAUGGUUGUUUAAAACUGUUUACAUGAAAGGCGCCAUAACAUCUAGAAAGUUUUUCCUUGCGCGAAUUCCUUAUCUGACACCCCAGUGCAGGUUUUCAUUCAGAAGUGUUACCAUCUCAAGGUGAACUGCUCCGUCCAUAUAUUUUAAAUGCUGAGUAAUCCGAUGAAUUCAGGCUGCAAAGAGUUAAACUGCAAUGUAAACCUCCCCGAAGUGUCACGGUAUUAGUAAUCGGACCACCUCGGGGGACGCUUUAUAAACGCCGCAUUCCUGGGAGUCAGGGUGCUGUCUACGCGACGAGGUGCUGAAAUCGCCGCGCGAUGUGGUCUGUGUUCCUCGUGUUUCUGUCCUACUUGGACAGAAACUUUGUCAAGGGUGAACUUCUUGGACUCUACCCAUCUGCAGAUAUGCAGGGAGGUGCACAAUAUUUUAUGCUUAACAGUACAUUUUGCUCGAAGAAUUCUUACUCCCAUUCGUCUGCCGGAGUCCUAUACGUCCACCAGGUGUCCGAUGGGGUGGAGGUGGCGAGAUCGGUGCUAGACCAAGGGGGAGCACUUGUUGAGUGUUCAGUCAUUACCAGUCCAAUGGAUGUGAAGUCCUUCAUGCACGAGUGCAGACUAGGGGUCGGGAGACAGAGACAUAGAAGGCCUGAGGGAGCAAGCUGGGUGACUGCAGACGUGGUCACUGCCAAAUCCAAGUGUCAGUCUUUCCAAAGAUCCCCCAACGCCCGGAUGCGCAAUAAAAUCCUGACCAGAGAGACGGGAAAGGAUAACCCGAUUCUCCGCAGAUCCAAGCGUGGCUUUACCUAUCCCGGCACGCUGUGGUGCGGCGUAGGUAACAACGCAGACACUUACGACCAUCUAGGGGACUUCGCGGAGACGGACAAAUGCUGCAGAGAACACGACCACUGCAAGUUUGUGAUUCACCCUUUCACCUCCAAAUACGGAUACCGAAAUUUCAGGUGGCACACGGUCUGCCACUGCGAUUGUGACAAUGCGCUAAAAGAAUGUUUACGGAACGUGAAUGACACGUCAUCCAGAGUGAUCGGCCAGGCAUUUUUCAACGUAAUUGAAGUGCCCUGCUUCGAGCUCAGAUACGAAGAGCAGUGCGUGGAGCGCUUCUGGUAUGGCUGGUGCAAGACGUAUGGCAUGGUGCCAGUUGCAGAAAUCAAGGAGUCUAUCCCAUAUGACUUUGGAGGUGUGAGUGUCAUCGAUGAACUGACGAUCGCACCUUCCUGGCAAGUGAAAAACAAAACUUCCAGUGGAAAUGCGACUCCCACAGCCACAGCAAUUCCCAUCACAACCAGCACAGCCCAAACCACUACUUCAGUUUCUAUUACACGUCAACCACCUUUGGUCAACUUGGAUUUGGAUUCCAAAGUUCUAUCCAAGAUCUCCACCUCUCAGCCAGAGGUCUCUAGACCCUGCUCACAUCAGACAGAAAAAAGAAGAAACAAAAAGAAGCCACACAAAAAGAAGAACUCUAAGAAAUGCAAGAAGUUUAAGAAGCUGCCAAAGCCAUCACAAAAACUGGAGAUACUUGCAGUGACACCUGGUAGUGUUGCAGAGAUUAUAAAAUACAGCAAGUUUGGUUUUACAGAAGCCAAUGAGUGGCUCAAUGGAAAAGAAAAUUCCAAAAAGGGUGCUGAUCCAGUUGCAGCCAAUGUUUUGGAUGAAGGAACAGAACACCACCAUUUCAAUGAGGUGAUGAAUGAUGAGCCUGUUAGAGAAGCAUCAACCCCACCCCCAACUUCUUUAAAAAGCACCACAAUUGAGACUAAAACAGCUGGAGUGAAGGGGAAGGAAGACAUGAUCACUAUCAAAGCAAAGAAAGUUAGGAAGACGCAACAGAGGAAGAAAAAUGGGGGGAAGAAGAGAGAGCGGUCCAGGGGUGUUGCUCCAACCUCUUCACUUCAAUAGGCCAUGGCGGUGCAGCACACCAGAUAGAGGGAUAAAGAAGGCAUGACGUCAUGGUGCCACUCCUCCAGCUUCUUUAAUGUAGACUCUUAACACGAAGGAAUGUGGAACAGUAGACAAGGAAAGCCAUCUUAAAGCUGUUGCAGUAUGUCCAGUACUGCCAUCGUGUACCGACACCUUUCAAAACAUGAUCUCUAUGUGCCGGCAACAGCAUCCCCACAUCAAUACGGAUCACAUUUACUAACUAAAUGCUUCAUGAAGACGCUUUGGAAGGAACAUACAUUAAAUCUUGUGAUGUUUCAACAGACAGUUUUGUUUAUUUACAGAGAGAAAUGGGAAUAAAUUAUAUUUAUAUCUAAUUACA